GGCAGUGUUUGUCAUAUCGAGCGAAAACAAUAUAAAAGAAGGUUGUGAAACAUUAUCAGCCUUGUCCUAUUAGCGGUAAUAUUAUUAAGAUAUUAGAAGGGCAAGUCGUUGUGGAGGUAUUGGCGUUUAACUUUACCCCGCUUCGUACAGCCACGUCUGAGCUCGGACGGAGCAGAGCGAGUCAGAUUGAGUCGAAUGAAUGAUUCGUCUGAAGUGAUUCGCGUGAGGUUCAUGAUGGCGGACUGGCCCAUCAGCAGCAGUGGUGAUCGUGUCUCUGUGUUGUUCUCUUUCUCGGAGUUCUCACGACCUUCAUCUGUACCCGUGGCGUCUGGAUAUGAAGUGUUGAUGCAGAAGUUUCUCUCUCUCUAUGGACAUCAGAUCGACAUUCAGCGGAAGUUCGUCAUUCAGUGCUUCUCGGAGGAAUGGGCUCAGUACAUUGAUUUACCGAAGGGAUUCGCGAUCUCGGAGAGAUGUCGCCUGAGAUUAGUGCCUCUGCUGAAGGACAUGACUCCGCUGGGAAACCUGUCAGCAUCCACCACGGCUUUCUUCUGCUGUGACAUGCAGGAGAGAUUCAGACCUGCCAUCAAAUACUUCGAUGACAUCAUCAGUGUGGGACAGAGACUGCUGCAGGGUGCUGGUAUUCUGGGUAUUCCCGUGCUGGUGUCAGAGCAGUAUCCUAAAGGUCUGGGCAGCACAGUACAGGAACUGGAUCUGACCGGGGCUAAACUGGUUUUCCCCAAAACCAAGUUCUCCAUGGUUCUUCCUGAGGUGGAGGCCGCCCUCGCUGAGCUUCCAGCGGUCCGCAGCGUCGUGCUCUUCGGUGUCGAGACGCACGUGUGCAUUCAGCAGACGGCUCUGGAUCUGAUAGGAAGAGGAUUUGAAGUGCACAUUGUUGCUGAUGCCACGUCCUCUAGAAGUAUGAUGGACAGAAUGUUUGCGCUGGAGCGUCUGGCCCGCACUGGAAUCCUCAUCACCACCAGUGAAUCUGUCCUCCUGCAGCUGGUGAAUGAUAAAGAACAUCCCAAGUUUAAAGAGAUCCAGAACAUCAUUAAAGUCAGCGCUCCAGAGUCAGGCCUGCUGUCCAAAAUCUGAUCACACGCCUGUUAAGUGUCUCACGCACACGUCACUGAUGACUGAAACAUGAGUGUGUGAUUGAGGUACAUUUGUGUUUAUUGCCCUGUUAAGACCUGUGCUUUCUGUUAUUGUUUAUUGUAAAUCUUUAUAUUCUUACCCUCACCGUAGGUUUUGAAGAUGUUUUGAAGACUUUUCUGUGGUUGUGUGUUUGUGUUGAUUUGGGCCCGUAGCUUGAUGAUGAUGAUGUGUGUGUAUAUGGUGCCUAGAGAUGAACAACAGUCUCUUGAUUUUCAUGACAUGACAACAUUACUUUAUGUAAACAUGAUUUUUAUCACAGUUUUGUAGCUGAAAUAAAUGUUUAUAUGCACUAAAUAUUGAAAGUGUAAAGGUGUUUCAUGUAUAUUGUCAUCCAACAUGGUAAAACGAAAAUGCUGCUUUGAGUAAUAUUCGCAACUAAACUGGAAAAGCUCUGUUAUGUUCAUGUUUUGUCAGAGCGUUUAGAGACUGAUAAUCUAACUCUAGUCAUUAUUUUUGGUGGCAAGACCUGAACUUAUGCUCUGGCUCUCAUGUUCAUGUGGGGAAACACAUUAUUUCUGUGUGCCAUGUAUGCUUCAAUUCAGUUUUAUUUAUAUAAAAUUACAGAAAAUAGUUCCUGUAGUAAAGAGAUGUCAUUAUUAAUUCAUUAAUCCUGAUGGUUUCAAUUGAAAAGCACACUCCAAUACGUGUCGUCAUUGCAAAAUGAUAACGGAAUUUUGGAGCUUUCAAAUAUUGGAAGAGACGGGAUAAAUGGUAUAUAACUCCAACUGUAUUCAUCUGAAAGUAGAAGGUCAUAUACACUUAGAAUGCCUUGAGGGUGAGUAAACCUGGGGUAAUUUUGUGUUUUGGCUGAACUAUACCUUGGAAUUAUUUUCAUCUUGUUGAGGUAUAUGGGCCAUUCUACAGAAAAUCAGGGUUGGAAACAUCUUGAAAUUGUUUGUUUGUUUUUCAGAAUUUUUUGAUGUAAGCAAAUUGUAUAAUAUCAAAGGUACACAUUUCUAGUAUAUGUGCAGUUAAUUUUCAUAUUGUAAUUUCAUAAAGUUUUGAAAUAUUCUUCCUUUUCCCAAAUUUAGUCACUACCGAAACACAAUAAUAUAUAA